AUGCCAACAAAGAAGAAAUUACAAAAGGCCUUUGAAGAUGAUAUAUCUAUUCUUCCAUGUGACGAUAUUUUAUUUUCCAUCAUGAUGAUUAGGCUUCCAGUUAAAUCGUUAUUACGUUUUCAAUCAGUUUCUGUGUCAUGGAAAGCUACAAUAUCUGACAAAGGAUUUAAAAGGUCCCACCGUGAUCAAUCUAGAGCAUUGGGCCGUGAAAAGUUGCUGCUACGACAAAUAAUGUCCUAUGAUUUCGUUUUUAGAGACUCUGAAAGUCCCUGGCUAGUUAGGAUGGAUGAAAAAACAUUCUUUCCAAGAAUAGAGUUUCAAAUUCCUUUAGUUAUUAGCUCCUGUGAUGGGUUGAUGCUUUUAAAGAACUAUAUGGCCUCUAAAACUUGUGCCUUGUGGAAUCCAUCCACUAGAGAAUAUCGAAUUCUUGAAUGUCCUUAUGUGAAACACAAUUACAAAGGCAAACCUCCAAUUGCUUGUGGUUUGUGCUAUGAUUUUAAAGUUGAUGAUUACAAGGUUAUAUUGAUUUAUAGCUCGUUUUAUACUGUAUACUCUUUGUCUAAUAAUUCUUGGUCAAAUAAAACAUGUGUGGCUCUCGGGGGAUUACCACUCAAGAUGGUUUAUUUUGGUCUAUGA